CUCAAAUAUCAUCACUCACACACCAAACCAAAGUCAUUUUCCAACUUCCAAAUGGCUUCCAAGGUUGCAAUUAUCCUUGUCCUUAACAUUCUCUUUUUCACUGCUGUAACAUCCAACUAUGUUCCAUGUCCACCACCACCCACAAAAGAUCACAACCACUCACAUCCAAAGAACCCAACAUGUCCUAGAGACACAAUUAAGUUUGGUGUGUGUGCUGAUGUAUUAGGUUUGAUUAAUGUUGAACUUGGUAAGCCACCAAAGACACCAUGCUGUUCUCUCAUUGAUGGUCUUGCUAAUCUUGAAGCUGCUGUCUGUCUUUGCACUGCUCUUAAGGCUAAUGUCUUAGGCAUUAACCUUAAUCUUCCCAUUAAUUUGAGCUUGGUACUAAAUUACUGUGGAAAAGGAGUUCCAAAGGGGUUCGUUUGCGCUUAAUUAAUAAACCUUGCUACUUGAUAUGGUUGUGCUGUGUUACUAUUUAUUCGUUAUCUUUCAUGUGUGAAUUUUGUACUUUUUUGGUACAUUUUCUCUCACUAGUUAUUUGUUUUCGCCAAUGAA